AUGUUUUCAAUUUCAGAAAAUCAAAAACUCAACGAAUGAAUCCAGAAAAUCAAAUCAAGAGAAAAAUUGAAACUCAGAAACUUUUCCCCACACAGAGCUAAUAACGAAAAUUUGGAAAAAUUAAAGUCAUUAAUUGAAGUAUCAUUAGAUAAAAUCUCGCAUGGAAAGCGUUCAAUUCGAAAUUCAAUUGAUAAUUAUAAAUCUUUUGACAGUUUCCAAAGUAGUGAAAAUGCACAAUUUCCAGCCUCAGUUAAUAAAUCCACAAGAAAGUUCAAAGUUUUCACAAGAAAAGAGAAAAGCAAUUUAAGUUUUGUCAAGCAUAAACGAUCUGCCAAUUCUAUUCCUUCAAGUAAUAUCUUUAAAACUUAUCUCCAACUUGAUCCUAUAGUUGUUAAAGAAAAUUUGUUUGUAAGACAACUUUGCCCCAGUGUAAGUCGUCUGAAAUCUGAGAGGCACACACUUACUCUAUAUAUAAUAUAAUUAUUAUAGAAAAAUAAAAAUAAAAUAUUCGAUUUUUAAAAUAAGGCAAUUAAUUUUUCUUAUCAAUUAAGAAAAAACCGAGACAGAUCAUGUGGAGCUCCGAUAAGACAUAAAAAAAUAAUGAGCGAAGACUUAAAAUUAAGUGCUAGAAGUGAAUCAUCAAAUGAAGAAGUUGUUUUACCUAGCAAAUUAAAUGAUCCGAAAAUUGUAAUAAGAAAUAUUUAA